GCCUCCCUCAGCCCCGCCGCUUCCCUUGCCCGCCCUCCCGCCGGGUAGCGACUCGGAGCCCCACAGGCCGCGCCGCCAUGGCCGCCGCUCGCCGCUCCCGGCUGCUCCUGCAGGUGCUGUUGCUGCUGACAGCGGCGGCCUCGGGGCCGUCGUUCUCGGGGGGGCUCCCUCCCCCGCAGCGGCGGUGGCCGGUGCCUUACAGGCGCUUCGAUUACCGUCCCCAAACUGAUCCUUACUGCCAAGCCCGUUACCCCUUCUGCCCCGCUGGCUCUGGCAUCCCAGUUAUGAAGGAAGAGGAUGUCAUUGAAGUGUACAGGUUACAGGCUCCAGUUUGGGAGUUCAAAUACGGGGACCUACUGGGACGUUUGAAUAUUAUGCAUGAUGCUGUGGGUUUCAAGAGCUCUCUAACGGGUAAAAACUACACGAUGGAGUGGUAUGAGCUCUUCCAGCUUGGGAAUUGCACAUUUCCACAUCUCCGGCCUGACAUGGAUGCACCAUUUUGGUGUAACCAAGGAGCUGCUUGCUUUUCUGAAGGAAUAGAUGAUGCACACUGGAGGGAAAAUGGAACUCUAGUUCUCGUGACCACAAUAUCAGGAACCAUGUUUAAUGAAAUGGCAAAAUGGGUGAAAUAUGACAACGAGACUGGAAUUUACUACGAGACCUGGACAGUUCGAGCAAGCCCUGACAAUAAAUCAAGAGUAUGGUUUGAGUCAUAUGAGUGCUCUAAAUUUAUACUGAGAACAUACCAGAAGUUGGCUGACUUAGGAGCGGUCUUUAAGAAGAUACAAACAAAUUAUACAAGCGCCAUUUUAUUCAGCGGAGAACCUAUUUAUUUGGGAAAUGAAACAUCAAUUUUUGGACCACAAGGAAACAAGACAUUGGCUGCAGCUAUAAGAGACUUCUAUUAUCCAUUCAAACCUUAUCGGACACUCAGGGAGUUUUUUGUGGAUCUUCUAAAAAUAAUCGAUCGCGUUGUCUUGAAUCGGCAGUUUUACCUCUUCUACAACUUGGAAUACUGGUUUCUACCUUUGAAGUUCCCUUAUCUCAAAGUAGUUUAUGAAGAGGUCCCUUUACCUGUCGGAAGCAAAACAUCCUUGGGUGUGUAAGUGCUUGCUGAAGAACCAAACUUGCUGUUGUGCCAGAAUAUCCUUCAGGAUUUUGGGGUGCUGCCGAGAUGGCACUGAAGUGCUGAGUGUUUCACUGCAAACUCUAAAAGUUGUGCUGGGAAGGUUUUGUUAGACCACGUGACAGACUAUGCCUUGUUUUCAUGUUACCUGUAUUUAUGAACACUUUCACAUCUCCAACUCAGCCAGCUUCUGUGUGACCAUGGACUCUGCUGGCUGAAGGUAGCCUGGUGUGGCUCCUCUUGGCUAAAUUUGGCAGUGCCAGAGGGUGGAUGUGAGGCAGCCCACUUGCUCUGGCCUUAGGCAGCUCUCCGUGGCCAUGUGGCAACAGGCAGAACCUGGCCACCAACAGAGGUGGGACACAAGCAUUACCAAGGGAUUUCUGGUCUGACCAGCUCAACUAAUCCAUGUGCUGGAGCUAACAAACCUGGGUGUCUGGAUGUGCCCAGCUCCCUCAACAUGUGCCUUAAGCUUGGCGUUUCUGUGUUUCUUUGCUUUGUGCAACUGGGACCUGUAAACUCUUCUCUGGUUCAUGAAGCAGAGGUGUUUAGCAGGGGGGAAAGGGGCAGUGAAACUGUUAGAAGAUGGCAUGGGUGGUAUCUUUCCACCACUUUGCUUCCUACACCUGCACUGUAAACACAAUACAGAUGUCUCUUCCUAAGAUCUGUGUGUGUCUUUUCUAGCACAGAUGGAAGGCAAACAGCCUGUUUUGAUGUCAGCUUGGAUACACAGCUGAAAUGUUGUAGCAGUCUCCUGUCUCGAAGUCUCCUUGAGGCUUCAAUUAGGUC